AUGAGACCUGCCACCCACUGUAUAAAGAGAUCAUUAACUACAGUCCACCCAAGCUCCGAUACAAGCACAUUUUCCAAAGGAGACAAUCCUUCCAAACCAGAGUGUAGCACUCCAUCUCUUAAGUCAAUCUCUAAAAUCAUAACUCAAUGCAAGAUGGCUUACCUGUGGGAAACAACAAGAAAUGAUCUCUACAUCGACAAUGUCAUCAUCAUCAUCAAAGAGCACAUCCCAAACCUUAAGUCUUCUCAAUUUGGACGAUUUGGAAAUCAUCUGAUAGAACUUGGACCGAAUGAUCGUGGAAUUGCUAACAUCUAUGAUUUUGAGAUUAUAAAUGCUCACCAAUAUCAAUGUGUAUAA